ACGCGCAAUUGUACUGAAAGGAAUCUCAACCCUUCCUCUCUCUCAAGUGUGGUGUUGAUUUCAAACGUUUAUGUUUUUUCAAGAAAAUUCUGAGUGAGUUCAAUCAGCGGAUACGCACUUUCCAGCAUGUCCGGUGAACCGGAGGCAUCAUCCUCCUGUUCGAAAUCCGUCUGUCCGGUGUGUGACAAACUGUUCCCGCUGGACGAAAUCGAAACGCACGUUGAUCGUUGUUUGUUUCUGAACUCAGCCGAAGCUGCUGGCACCGCCACGGGGUCCCCGAAGGGGAUGACAAACAGCAGGAGCACUCGCGAACAGCGCGAGACGAAACGGAGUUUCAGCAUUUUCGAGAAAUCACCCAGUGUUGGGUCGAAACGGGUCAAGACGAACGGGAAGGCCGACAGUGUUUCGCUGACGGUUGAGCAGAUGGAAAAACAGGUGAUCGAUUUGUCUGAUGAGGGAGAGGGUGAUGCUCCUCCGGAUAAAAAGACGGGUUUGAGGAGUGAUGAUGAUUCGAACAUUCCACUUGCGGAAAAGAUGCGACCAAGCGAGCUCAGUGAUUACAUCGGUCAGGAGCACAUAAUUGGAAAGAACACGGUUUUGCGCACACUGUUCGAGAAAAAUACUAUUCCCAGUAUGAUUCUGUGGGGUCCGCCGGGAUGCGGCAAGACUACGCUGGCUCAUAUUAUUGCUGCCCACUGUAAGAAACAUGAGAACAUGCGAUUCGUGAAACUGUCCGCCACGAUGAGUGGCGUAAACGAGGUUAAAGAGGCCGUCAAAGUCGCCAAGAACGAAACGAAAUUCAAGCGCCGAACGAUUCUUUUCAUGGACGAAAUACAUCGCUUCAAUAAACUACAGCAGGACAUAUUCCUGCCCCACGUGGAGAGUGGAACAAUAACGCUUAUCGGAGCGACAACGGAGAAUCCUUCGUUCAGCCUCAAUUCAGCGCUGUUAAGCCGCUGUCGGGUUAUCGUUCUCGAGAGGAUAGCUGUCGAGGCGAUGAUGAAGAUUCUGGAGCGAGCGUUGCCACAGUACAAAACGGUUAUGCUGGAAAAUAACAAUGAAACACCAAACAUAGCUGGUCUGUCAUUCAUUCCCAAGAUGAUGAUUAGUUCCGAGACAAUCCGGUGGUUGGCUGGAAUUUGCGAUGGAGAUGCUCGCAUUGGGCUCAACAGUCUUCAGCUAGCGCUGAAUACAGUUUCAGCAAGGCGGGAAGGGGAAGGAAGCGCAGUGAAACUGAUUGCACUCGAUGACAUCGAAGAAGGCAUCAAAAAAUCUCACCUGUUAUACGACAGCAAGGGGGACCAGCACUACGAGCUGAUAUCCGCCCUUCAUAAAUCGGUUCGCGCUUCGGACGACAACGCGGCUCUGUACUGGUGCACUCGGAUGUUGUCCUCCGGGGAGGAUCCACGUUAUCUCGUGCGAAGGAUGAUUCGCAUGGCAAGCGAAGACAUUGGAGUAGCCGACACCAAUGCCCUGACGGUGGCCACUUCUACGCUGGCAGCUGUUCAGGCUGUGGGAAUGCCAGAAGCAGAUUGUAUUAUCGCGCAUUGCGCUGUUUAUUUGGCGAGAGCACCGAAAAGUCGAGAGGUAUACAACGCGUUCAAAAGGUGUAAAGCCGCGAUCGAGCAUUUCAAAGGACCAAUGCCGAGCGUUCCGUUGCACUUGAGGAAUGCAACUACGAAGCUGAUGAAAAAUCUCAACUAUGGCACGGGUUACAACUUGUUACACAAGGAUCAAUCCGGACUGCAGUAUAUGCCGGAAGGACUGGAGGACGAAAAUUACUUUUCAGAAUGAGCAAAGAUGACCAAUGGCUCCGAUUGUUAUUAUCUUAAAAAUA